AUAUCUUCAAUAGUAUAGUUAAUAAGUUACGAAACACAAACUUGUAUUCAAAAAAUUUUUGCCAAUAUUCCAAAGAAAAAACUUUCUCUUAAGUCAACAUGAAUUUCCUGCAAUUGGUAAUUGUUACGAUUAUUGCACAACAGAACAUUAUUACGGGUUUCAAUAUAUCUCCUGUGCCAAAUAUUAUCUUUAAACCGCCAAAUUUAAGGACUUUUAUGGAAAAAAGUGAAUCGUCGUUAUUCGGAUUGACUUUGACGUUGAAGAAAAGUAGCAUUCUCGUUGGCGCGCCAAAAGCUCAAACGCAUCUUCCUGCUCAAAGGAGAGUAAAUGAGACAGGGGGUGUUUAUAGAUGCAAUUUUAAAGAUGGAUCGUGUGAAUCAUUUAUUGUCGAUGCCAAAGGAAACACAAAUAUGGAAGAUACGAGUGUAGCAUAUAAUUCAGAAAAAAAGGAUUUUCAAUUAUUAGGUUAUUCAAUGGAUGGCUUAUCAUCGGACAACAGCAAAUUCGUUGUUUGUUCGCCCAAAUUGAAAGCAAAUUUACUAUCAUACCAAACGAACGAGGACGAACAUUACCUGUUACAUGGCGCGUGUUAUUGGGCAUCAUCUGAGAACGACAAUACACGAAUUAACAAAAUUGCGUCCUUGCGAGCUCGCGAUAAACAAGUACGUCGUGCGGAAGAUGGCACACAUAAUAUUUACGAAAACAUGUACGGGCAACAAGGCUUUAGUGUGCACAUCACAGAGAACGCCGAGGAAAUUGUGAUGGGGGCGCCUGGCAUUUACAAUUGGAAAGGCAGCGUAAUUCGAUAUCGACCACGUUUUCGGCGACAACAAUCAAACCAAUUAAAGACGAAUCAGAAAAAUAAUAAUCAAAUUGAGUACGUGACAGAAAUUGUUAAUCCGUUUCUCAUCGAUUUGCCAGAUCACGAGACACUGCGUGAUGAUUCAUAUCUUGGGUAUGCAGUUUCGUCGGGAUAUUUUGCGGGGCGUGAAUCCAAUCGAUUGUUGUACGUUGCAAGUGCUCCGCAAGCGGGAAAAGUCUUUAUUUUCGAUUUCAUCGACAAACAAAACAAUUUUCGCACAGACAAAACAAUGAAAAUUUUUCGACAAUUCGAAUCUCAACAAGUCGGUGAAUAUUUUGGAUAUUCUCUUCUCACGGAAGACAUAAAUAACGACGGAUUACCCGACUUAUUGAUUGGCGCUCCAAUGUACAGUAGAAAUUCCUAUUUUGAAAGCGGCGCCGUUUACAUUUACAUCAAUACCGGAAAACUUUCGUUUGAACUUCAAACUGCUUUAACAAGCGAUUAUUUGUUUGGCGGGCGAUUUGGAACAGCAAUGAGCAAAUUAGGCGACAUUAAUGACGAUGGCUUUCGUGAUGUUGCAAUUGGAGCUCCAAUGGAAGGAAAUGGAGCUGUUUAUAUCUUUCAUGGAACAUCUCAGGGAUUGUCAUUAAAAGCUACUCAAAAAAUCCAACCAGAAAGUCAAGAUAUGAUAAAAUCUCCCGGAAUGCUGUUUGGACAUUCCUUAUCAAAUGGCGUCGAUAUCGAUGCAAAUGGCUACAAUGAUUUAGCGAUUGGCAGUCCAUUAGAGGAAAAAGUUUUUUUAUAUAAAACAUAUCCAGUUGUAAAAAUUUCCGCAACGCUCGAGACAAACAAGAAGGAAAUCGGGAAGAAUGAUACGCGAUUUCAGAUAACAGCGUGUUGGAGAUUGUUUGCAGCAACUGAAAUCACGCAUGACAUAGAUUUUAACGUCCUGCUAAAAGCCGACACAAAGUACAAUCGAGCCAAAUGGAUCAACAACAAUAAAUUUUACGAUUUAAACGUAACGAUAAACAAUCAAAUGCAAUGUCACGAGUUUGAUAUAGCCGUCUUCUUUAAUAUCGCGGAUAUUUUCAAACCGAUAGAAAUUGAAAUGGAAUAUCGCAUUGUCAAUCAGGCGUUAAUCAACACGAAAUUUUGCGAAAAAUGUGUUAUUUUACAGGAAAAUUCCGCACAAAGUGUUCAAACAUCUGUCGUUUACAGCACGGGAUGUAAAGCUUCCAUGUGUGUUGCUGACUUGCGAGUAAAAAGUUCUUUGAGCGGAUCAAAUUUGCCGUACAUUUUGGGAAGCACGAGAACGUUAGCAGUCAAAUAUGAAGUAGAAAAUAUUGGAGAAACAGCAUAUUUAGCUCAAAUAAAGAUAACAUUAUCCAAUAUCACGUCAUUUGCUAAAAUUCCAUCAAAUUGUCACAAAAUAGAAGAAGAUGAAAUGAUUUGUGAUUUACUAAAUGGAAAUCCGCUAUUCGCUAAACAGACAGCAAAACUGAUUGUAAAUAUUGAUACUUCUCGCCUUUCCGGCAAAAAAUUGAUGAUUCAAGCGGAAGCUUUAAGCAACGGAGAAGAGCUCAACUUCGAAGAUAACAAAAUUGUGAAUUUUGUGGAGUUGAUUGAAUACAGCGAAGUUGAAAUUCAAGGUUCUUCAACAUUGUCACAGUACGCAAUUGAAGAUUUAGAAUUAGACCCUGUUAUAACUCACGAGAUCGAGAUCACAAAUGAAGGUCCAAGCACAAUUCGAGAGCUUUCGGCGAUGUUAUUCAUUCCUACAGUGUAUUCAACAAAAACGAAAGAUGUACAAUUGUUCAACAAAAGCGACUUGUCGAUCGAAGUGCAUUACAAAGAUGCUGUUAUUCCUCUCACAUGGUAUCACGACAAUCAAUUACUUGAAGCAACGACUUUACAAACGCUCGAUGAUACGGAGAACGAUUCUGCCGACGAGUUUGAUAUGAUUGAAGAAAAAAAGAUGGGAAAUGCACUACAAUUACGAUCAAAGAGAAGCAUUUCCGGAGAAGAAAAUCCAUUGUCACACGCCAUACCUCAAAGUCAAAGUCAAAAACAGACAACAAUACUUGAUGAACUUCCGCCAAAUAGGACGAUUCAUUUCAACUGUCGCGGAAAUUACGUCGAAAAGUAUUCGUGCAUGCAAAUAUACUUUCACCUGAAUAACUUUAAAGCGAGCGCGAAGGAUGUUAUACGCGUCAAAAUUAGUUAUAUGUUACAUGUGUCAACAUUGAAUUCUGUUUUCGAUGAAAACUUGAACAUUUUCGCGAUGUAUCCGACAUUGGAGAUCAAUGCUAAUAGCGAUGAAAAUAUGAUGACGGGUUUUAAAAUAACACAAGAAAAUCUGCCAUAUACGAUAAUUUUCAAACACUUUUCCAAAGACAUCGAGUUAUGGAUCGUCAUUACUGCAGCAUUAGUCGGAUUAUUUGUUCUUAUCGUCAUGUCGCUCAUUUUGUACAAAUGUGGAUUUUUCAAACGUCAAAAGAAAGAAGAAUUGCAGAGACUGACGCAAAAUGAGAAUUAUACAAGUUACUCGAAUGACAUAGACAUCGAUGAGAAAUAUUAG